AUGCCUCCCAAGAAAGAGGUCGUCGCGGGUGAGGCUCUGCUCUCCGGCUUCUUGGACAAGGAGACCAAGCUGCUGGCUGCGGCCUUCUUGAGCUCUACCGCUCCCGACAAGUUCGACUACGAUGUCAUGGCUACGCUGACAGGCAACACUGCUGGCUCUCUCAAGAAGAUGUGGCCUCCGGUCAAGAAGAAGGCUCUCGAGGCCCAUCCAUCGUUCGCUGCCUUCUUGGGUCAAGCUGGUGUCGCGGCCGCUUCGCCUGCCGGUGGUAAUUCUAAGCCUGCUGCUGCUGCCAAGGUCACAAAGAAGCGCAAGGCUCCUUCCGAGGCCCCCGAAGAAGAUGCCGAAGACGGCGCCAAGGACCUUGCUCCUCCCUCUGCUGCUGACAAGUCUGAGGCCGAGAAGUCCGACUCCAAGAAGAAGGCUCCGCCUGCCAAGAAGGAGAAGAAGGGCCCCACUAAGAAGCGCGUUCCCGUCAAGGGCCCGAACGCCCCAAAGAAGGCAGCCAAGAAGGAGCCCGCCUUUGAGGAAGAAGUCGUCAAGGACAAGUCCGCCGAGGACUCCGCCGACGGCGGCGACGGCCUCGGUGAGUAUUCCUACCUCAAAAACCUUGAGACCUGGUUGAACAAUACUGACAGUGAGUUAGGCGGCGAGAUGGAAGACGACAUCUAG